UCCAUCGACCCAUCCGUAUUCUUUGUGAGACCUCAUUUGCAGACAUGUCGGGCAAGGAAAACGCACGGGAGAGUCUGCGGCCCAGAAGAUUCGAUCUGGGCACCGAUGACGACGAUCUAGAGGCAAUGCAGCGUGACUUUCUGAGGCACAAACGCACCAAGCCAGCAGCCAAGGUUAUACGCCGGGCGCAGCCGCCUGCUGUGGGUACUACUAUGACAGCCGCUACAGCCGCCGCUUCCAAAAUGUCCACAAAAACGAUACCAAAGAUGCAGGAUCAGCCGGCACCAAGCACUCAUGAGGAGGAUAUCGGUGGAGCUGACUCUUCGCAGGUUAUGGACUUUGUUCAGCGUAUGUCGACCGCUAUUAAGGAGUAUGAGCGAUCCGAGCCCAACUCGCCAGCACCACAGCCCAAGGUUGUUCCCAGCCAACAGGAGCCGCCUAAGAAGCUGGAGACUGCAGGCGGCGCCAUCAGCAAAUCCAACAAGAGCACAAAGGUCACCGAACCCGUGCUGCCGCCUGAACCAAAGCCGCGCACCAAUGGGUUCCCUGAAAUUCCUACUGAUUUCAAGCUUGCCAAGGCAGCAGAAAAGGACAAGCAAAUAGCAGCAGAAAUCGAGAAGCCAGGUUCUGACGAACACAAGGGUGGCGAGCUCUGGGCCCAAGUGCGUGGGCAGGCGUCAAAGGAGAACGAGGAGCGAAUCAGCGGGAUGUCGGCGGAGGAGAUUGCUGAAGCUCAAGGCGAAAUCCAGGAACUACUUUCGUCGGAGCUUAUCGCCCGUCUGCGCGCCCGCAAGAAGAAUAGCGUGGGUGCGGAAGCGUCGAAGCAGGGUACCACUACCAAGGGCCCAAUGCAAGAGACAGUGGCUGGGAAUUCAGUUCAAGAGCCUAGCACUGCCAAAAAGCAGGUCCGGUUUGCCUCAGUCGAGGAUGCGAACGAUGACGAUGACGAUGGCGAUGACGAUAUGGUGCCUCCACCACCGCCUCCUGCCGAAUGGGUCGAUGAAAGUAGUGGCACAACUACUGGUGGCAAGCAGAGCAGCACCAUCGACGCGGACAAUAAUGAAACUGGCGCCGAUAGUGCAUUCUACGGGCAGCUCAAGCGCAAGUAUUUCCCGGCCGAGGUCGUUGAGGAGGCCAAGCUGGCGUGGAUCCUGGGCCACAACCAGGCCAAGUCGCCGGUGGAGCGUGCGCUUCACAUUAGCAAGAAGGAGGAGGAGCAGGCGGCCAGUGCUGCACUCAAUCAAACCGCCAAUGCGACUGAGGGGGAUUUGAUGGCCAAGGGGAUCGCGCAUGUGCGGUUUGCUUUUGAUGGGCAGAUCAUGGCCGAAGAGACUGCCAGCGAAGUGCCCACACACCUGGGUCUGCACCACCAUGGUGAUGAUCCUGAGCGACCCGGGUACACGAUCCCGGAGCUGCUGCAUUUGUCGCGUAGUACCGUACCGGCGCAGCGCACUGUGGCUAUGAGCACGCUAGGCGCAAUACUACAUCGGAUCAACUUUGGUGCCUGGGAUUUGGCCCAGACGAUCGAGGUCUACAUGGGCUUGCUGGACUGGGAGGCUGAGCAUUAUUUUGCCCAAGGUAUCGUUGAUGCAAACAAGACCAGCCGCUGCGAAGCUAUCGUUGCCCUGUGGACCUGGGUGGUUGAGAUGGCAAAGUACAAUACCCUGGUCAGACUCUCGUUGGCGAGUGACUCUAGCGAGGCUGAUGCGCCGACUGGCCUUCCCGGCGCUGACAUAAACCUGAUGCCUGAUUCAAAGGUUGCCAAAGGACCGCUGGUGAGCCGCACGUUUGCGGCGCUGGAUCGCAUUGUUACACCAGCGUUCCUUGCCAACAUCUACGAGGUUGUGCAUCUGUCGUUGGUCCCCGAUCAGCAGCUGCUGAUGCUGGCUGAAUGCGUCAGGCAGCUGGGUCAGAUGUCGGAUGACUUCAAACAACGAGUCAACAAGGACGGAAAGCUGACGACGCUGCUGCAGAACCGCUAUCCGUAUCUCAUGAGCAAAUAAAGUCAUCUAUAAUGCGCACUGGCGAAUGUGUAGGGUAUAGAAAAGGGGUACUGA